UCUUCCGGUCCCCAAUGCUGCUCAGCGGUUUCGCUCCCCAGUAGCGCACGCAGAUCUGCGCUGGUUAUUGUUUGGUGCGCAGUGUGAUGGUCGUGUCCUAGUUCUAUAUUUUUUGACAUAAUUUAAAACCUUAAAUAAUUUAAUAAUAAACAUUAUCAAAUUAGUAACUCGGCUGUUGCUUUGCGUUACCCGUUUUUAUAUUUUAACUCCCCUUCUAUCCAGUGGUUCUCAUUGGGACCGCCCAUUUGUAGGAGUGACCGGUGCAUCAUAUCCCCGACGCCGUGAAGAUGGAGAAUAUCCAGAGUGCAGCCAAUGGAGAGGCGUCAGAGUAUGAAGGGAGGGUGGAUGUUCUCAGUCCAGAGGACCUCUCUGAGGUUCUGGCAGCGGGCACCAAAGAGGUCCACGAGAAGGCCGAGAACACCCAGUUUGUCAAAGACUUCCUCCGGGGCCGCAUACGCAAAGAGCUAUUCAAGCUCGGUGCCGUGGCGCUCUACUACACCUACAGCGCCAUGGAGGAGGAGAUCGAGAGGAACCGGGAGCACCCGUACUUCGCCCCGCUCUACUUCCCCCAGGAGCUGCACAGGCGGGAGGCCCUGGCGCGGGACCUGGAGUUCUUCUACGGGCCCGGGUGGCGGAGCGUGGUCAGCUGCUCUCCGGCCACCCAGGCCUACGUGGACCGCAUCCACAAGGUGGGACGGGAGGACCCGGUGCUGCUGGUGGCCCACGCGUACACCCGCUACAUGGGGGACCUCUCCGGGGGGCAGGUGCUGAAGAAGGUGGCCCAGCGGGCCAUGAAGCUGCCUCCCACCGGGGAGGGCCUGGAGUUCUACACGUUCGACAACAUCCACAGCGCCAAGUCGUUCAAGCAGCAUUAUCGCAGCAGGAUGAACGAGCUGGAGCUGGACGCGGAGACCAAGAAGAAGAUAGUGGCCGAGGCGGUCCGGGCCUUUGGGUUCAACAUGCAGGUGUUUGAUGAGCUGGACGAGAUAGGGAGGAGCCUCCCGGAGGAGGUCAUGGAUGCAGGCCUCCCCGUCCAUGGAGAGGGAGGAGACAGAAACAAGUGUCCCUACUUCGCCGCCAAAACAGCUGCCACCGGCGGAACGGAGUACGCCUGCCAGGUCGCCAUGGCGGUGCUGCGACACCCCACGGGUCAGGUCCUGUUCGCGGCCUGGGUGGCGUUUAUGGCGGGAUUCGCUGCCUGGUACCUGAUGUGAGCGUGGUGCCGCGCCCGGGGGGAAAGGCGGCGGUGGGAAGGCGGAAGAACAGAAAGGGAUGAGGCAGGAUGGAGGGAGAAGACGGUUAUGGGAUGAGGAGCAUCCAUCCUGCGAUGCCACUGCCACCUCCCCCACGACGGCCUGUUGGAGCUCUCCACCUAACUCAGUCCUUUUUAUUUCUCAUGGGUUCUCCCAGUGUGGUUGCCGGACCUAAAGCCUACUGAAUGCUGCAUGUCUGUUGCUGAAGAGGAAUACGCCGACAUCAUGACUGGAAUGGGUUGGGAGAGGCACGGCUACAGACGAUUUUUUUUCCAUUUGUUUGAAAUUACGUUUUUGUUCUGCCAAGUAUUGGUCAUUGGUGUUCUUUUAAUGGUGACUUUUUAUUUUUAUUCAUUUUAAUCCUGCAAGCCCAAUUUAAGUAUGUUUCCAAGUUAUGCAUUAGUUGAGAAUGGUGGCAUUGAAAUGAUAGUUUAGCAGUAGCAUACAACGGUACUGUAUAUAAUAUGCUGGAUAACUGAGGAGAUUAUCUGUGGGGCAGACGGCGGCCUCCUGACUUUAUAAACCAUUCAGCGUUUCGGUUUUCUGCAAAAACACGGUGGUCUGAAAUGUAAUCACCUCUUAUUGCAAGCAGAAAAAAAAGAAACUGUGCUGAUCUCACAAUGUAAAUAGUUGUUUUGUGAAACUUUAAAUGCAUAUUCAAGCAUACAAAGUUUAACCAAAGACACUUAUAAAUGCUAAAUCAAUACCUGACCUGUGUUUCACCCUCACAUACCAUGCAGGUUCACCCUCUCAUUACAUGCACGUUCACCCUCUCAUAACAUGCCGGGCCUCACUUGGCCCCAGCCUACACCUUGGCAGAUUCCUUGGCACUUUACAGAUCUACACCUAUAGUUUCAUCAGGAUCUGCAUAUCAUUAUAUUCUAGAUGAUAUAACAAUAAAACCAUUACUUUGAGAACAUGA